AUGGCUUUGACCUCGUGGAAGACCUUCAACUUUUUUGACGUCUCGCAGGUUGAGUUCGUCGACGGCGAAGGCAGCUCCAUCUUCACCAAUGAUAUAAGCUGCGUCUGUACUGGGUCGGAUAACCUCUUUGUCGGCACUACCAAUGGCGCCGUCCACAUCCUAUCGAGGGCAUACAAGGUCGUCCGCUCGUUUCGGGCGUACGAUGGAGGUUCAGUCACCCAUAUGAGACAGGUUCCCUCGACCUCAUACCUAGUUACCGUCAGCGAGGAUUUGUCCAACGAGCCGGUCUUGAAGGUAUGGGCCCUCAACGAAACCGAGAAGAAGACAGGAGGGCCCCGUUGUCGGUCGACGAAAUCUAUUCAAAACAAGUUAAGGCAGUUUCCGAUAUCUGCCUUAGCGGUCCUUGACGACCUCUGGCAAGUUGCCAUUGGCUUUGCCAACGGAUCUGUAACUCUUAUUAGAGGCGACCUCAUACACGACCGGGGAGCCGAACAGCGGAUAGUGUUUGAAUCAGAAGAACCCAUUACCGGCCUUGAGAUCCAACGAUCCGGUCCAACGACUCUAUUCAUAGCUACCACGAGCCGCAUACUCUCUCUAGUGAUCGGGGGGAAAGGGGAUGGAAAACCAGCCCGUGCUCUGGAAGACCUGGGCUGUGGCGUUGGGUGUAUGGCAUUCGAUCAGGAUACCGGUGACAUCCUCGUUGCCAGAGAAGACGCGAUAUAUACAUACGGUCGAGGAGGACGAGGGCCGAGCUUCGCUUUCGAUAGCCCAAAAACCUCCGUUGACGUUUUCAAGGAUUAUAUUGCGUUGGUCUGUCCGCCUAGAGCAGCACUGUCGAGAACGGAAACCGUCAGGAGGUUCGGGGCGAGCCAGGUAGAUGACAUCUUCAAUACCUCUACACUAACCCUCUUAGAGUCAGAUCUGAGGUUCAUUGGGCACUCAGAAUCUCUUUCUACCAGUGUUAAGUUCAUAUUCAUGGAAUGGGGAGACCUAUUCAUUGUUACAGUUGAUGGAAAGGUCAAUCGAUACCACGAGAAACCGCUUCAACAGAAGCUAGAAAUAUUAUACCAGAGAAAUUUAUAUAUACUGGCCAUCAAUCUUGCGCAGAAGUCAGGGGUCGACAAACUUCAACAAAAUGUAAUCUUUCGAAAGUACGGCGAUUUCCUGUAUCAAAAAGGAGAUUAUGAUACGGCCAUGCAACAAUACCUACGGGCAAUUGACAAUACGGAGCCAUCCCAUUUCCUUGACACACAACGGAUCCAUAACCUGAUUGACUAUCUUGAAGAGUUGCAUGAUCACGACAAAGCCACAGCAGAUCACACAACAUUGCUUCUAAAUUGCUAUGCGAAGCUCAAGGAUACUGAAAAACUAGACUCUUUUAUAAUGGCUCCUGGAGAAUUGAAAUUUGACCUGGAAACAGCUAUAGCCAUGUGUCGUCAAGGUGGGUACUAUGAACAAGCAGCAUACUUGGCUACAAAGCAUGGCGAAAGCGACAUGGUGGUCGACAUCUUAAUUGAAGACUCAAAGAAAUACCCCGAAGCUCUUAGAUACACAUGGAGCCUCGAGCCGGACCUUGCGUAUCCGAAUCUGAUGAAAUAUGCCCGGGUAUUGCUUGAGCACUGCCCGGAACAAACGACAAAGCUAUUUAUUAACUACUACACCGGGAAAUUUCAGCCUCAAAAGCAAGACGAACGACCUCCAGAAAACAAAUCACAAGCUACGGGAGGCGCCGUCCAAAAUCUUGCGUCAUUUAUCCCUCUUCCAUAUAUAGGAGGCUCUAAACAACAAGACAACGGGGUCACUUCCCAAGCUAAACCAGAACCCGAGGUUGCUGCUGAACCGCCUUCGCUGGCUUAUGAAGUGCCAAAACCCAGGACUGCCUUUUCUUCUUUUGUUGAUCAUCCCGACCAGUUCAUUACCUUCUUAGAACACUUAAUUGAGUGGGAUGGGUUGAGGGACGAAGACAGAGUUGACUUAUACACUACUUUGUUUGAGAUGUAUCUGGAUACGGCAAAUCGCAAGAAGGUGCCUUCUGAGAAGAAGGAAUGGGAGUCAAAAGCAAAGUCUUUGAUACAGGGCGAAAAUAUUCCUGUAUCUGCGUCAGAUGUUCUUCUUCUUUCCGACUUGUCAAAUUUCCAUGAAGGGACAACCUUAGUCCGAGAAAAGGAAGGCCUCCGAGCCGAUAUCCUGCGAUCAUAUAUAUCAGCCAAGGAUACUCAAGGCGUGAUAAAAGCUCUAAAGAAAUAUGGACCCGAAGAACCACAGCUAUAUAUUGACGCCUUGACAUAUUUCGCCUCUAGUCCAAAGAUCUUGGAAGAAGCUGGUGGUGAAAUGGAUGCAGUUCUUCAAACCAUCGACCAAGAUGGGCUGAUGGCCCCUCUACAAGUAAUCCAGGCAUUUAGCAACAAUUCCGUGGUAACUAUGGGAAUGAUCAAUAAAUAUCUCAGUGACAAUAUUGAAAGAGAAAGAAAGGAAAUUUCCAACAACCACCGCUUAAUAUCUAGUUAUGCAAAGGAAACAGAGUCCAAAAAGCAGCAGAUGGAAGAACUCGGCUCCAAGCCGACAGUCUUUCAAGCUCGCCGCUGUUCCUUCUGCGGAGGGAACCUUGACCUCCCUAUCGUUCACUUUCUUUGUAAACAUUCCUUCCACCAACGAUGCUUAAAUACUACCAACGAGGAUGUGGAAUGCCCUGUUUGUGCUCCACAUAACUCAACCCUCAAAGCAAUCCGUGAGAGACAGAUCAAAGCUUCCAGCCAACAUGAGCUAUUUCACUCCGAGUUACAGCGUAGCAAGGAUCGGUUUGGACUUAUUAGCGAGUUCUUUGGCAGAGGGGUUAUGAAGCCGAAUAAUACUGAGUAG